AUGGUUAAUGAGCUUUCUACAUCGUUCGCCGACCGGUCGGAGCCCCGUUCGUCCAUUCGCGCCGUGCCCUUCGAAAACACUGUCCCUGUUGGCGUCCCUCUUGCAAUUCGGUCGGUCUCGUUACCCACGCCAGAUGCGCCACUAGCUCCCAAUGGCCGAUCGUUAAGCACGAGUGAUUCCUCGACUGGUCCCGGUGACAAUGCUCCUUCCGAAUAUGCGUCACUGCGCGAUAUCAAGCAACAUUCGCGUCUUGCACCGUCAACGCCAACCGGAGACGGAAGCCGGACGAUUCGAUCGGAGGGUCCCCCUUCGUUGCGCAGUGUGCCCAGCAUUCUUGUAGACGAGCCAAACGCUCGUCCUAGCUCGCGGCCAGGCUCACGGCCUGGCUCGCGCCCUGGCUCUCGGUGGUCGGAGCGCAAAUGGGGUGGUUUGAGGAAACGCUCGGCGGAGAUGGACAGGAAGUUUUGCUCGGAUUCGCCUCCGCCAGUACCUCAGAUCGAGCGCCCCUUUUCUGGUAUUCCCCUUGAGAUACCGACGGCAUCUUUAGAGGGAUUGGAUAAGCCGAUGAAGUUUUCCACUCGUGGAAGUUUGAUCAAGAGCAAUGCAAACCGCCCUCACCCAAAGCCGUCCAAGGAGAAGUUGGAGGCACACCCUGAACAAGUGCCAGAAUCCACCUCACCUCAGAAAUUGGAUGAAUCACCUGGGCCACAGACUGAGAAGCAGCCGGAACAUCCCUCGGAACGCCCAACUCCUGAGUUGACUCCUUCCCCUUCCAUCACCACAUGUCGAACUGAAGGUGAGAAUGGAACACCGAAGGCGGUUCCGCGACGCGCUCAACCGCAAGGUACCCUUCGCCCGAGACAGUUGAGUCUUCCAAGCAGAGUCAUUUCGGCCGACGAAGACAUGCUGUCACGGCGAGUUCGACUCAUGUACGAAAAGGGCGAGGAUAAUGUCACUGACUCUGAGGUUGCGAAAGCAAUGGCUUCUGAGAAUGGUGUUCUGUGGGAGGAGGGUGUAGCCACAGACUCCGAAGCCCCUGGCCCUCAACAAGCUGAAACUGAAACAAAGCCACGGGCCUCAGCUGAAGUCGAGCGCAAGCGAAUUAAGAGAGAAACCCAGGAGCUAGCAGGAGGUGCCGAGUAUUGGCAGAACGUAAAUGCCGGAGAAGUUGAUCGUUAUGGCUUCAUUCGACCUCCAACAACCGCCAACGGCUCCGAGAUCAACCCACUGCAGCGAGUCACUACGAGUCUUCUUCUUGCUUCGGAGACACCUCGUCGGAAACGUUCUAUACGUCCACCAACUGCUUCCGCUAGCAAUCGUUCCUUCAAUGGUCGUUCUCCAACCCGUCAGACCUCCACGGCCGGCCGGCCAUCAUCUUCGCAAAGUAACUUUAGUGCGCCAUUACGCCGCUCAACAUCUCGUUUGCGCACCGCGACCAAUCGUCUCCCUCACAAUCGAGACCGCAAGGCCAAAGAUGAGGCCGCUGACAUGCUCACUCUGCCCACCGAGUCCGCUGCUGAUGAGAAAGAAGAUACUGCGAUCUCACGCGCAAUGCGGAAAAAGGAGUGGCAGCGCGAGGACAAGUGGACCAAGAUGGCCAAGCCAACCCGGAAGACCAAAGACGGCGGUGGCAUGACCUUUGAAUUUGAUACGCAGAGCUCGAAGUUGAUCGAGCGGACAUGGAAAGGCAUUCCAGACAGAUGGCGAGCUACAGCUUGGUACUCGUUCCUUGAGGCCAGUGCUAGACGUCAUGAAAACAGUCCCUCUGAAAAAGAGCUUAUAGAGGCUUUCCAUGAGUUCCAGUACGUCUCUUCGCCUGACGAUGUUCAGAUUGAUAUCGAUGUGCCGAGAACCAUCUCCAGUCACAUCAUGUUCCGGAGACGGUAUAGAGGUGGCCAAAGACUCCUGUUCCGUGUGCUUCAUGCUAUGUCACUAUAUUUCCCCGACACGGGCUAUGUACAAGGAAUGGCCGCUCUUGCAGCUACCCUACUUGCAUAUUAUGACGAAGAACAUGCCUUCAUAAUGCUUGCUAGACUAUGGCAGCUGCGGGGCCUGGAAGAGUUAUACAAGUCUGGCUUUGCUGGUUUGAUGGAAGCUUUGGCCGACUUUGAACGAGAGUGGUUGGCUGGUGGUGAAGUAGCCAGCAAACUGAACGAAGUUGGAAUUCCACCCACGGCCUAUGGAACCCGUUGGUAUCUCACCUUGUUCAACUAUUCAAUCCCUUUCCCGGCCCAACUCCGGGUCUGGGAUGUCUUCAUGCUCCUUGGAGAUGCCGAAGACACUCGGUCAGGAGCCUCAGGGAAGAAUAAAGACUCUUCUACUGACAAUCCAAGAACAUUUGGUCAAGGCCUCGACGUUUUGCACGCUUCAUCCGCCGCUCUUAUUGAUGGCAUGCGUGAAAUCAUCCUCGAAUCCGACUUUGAAAAUAUCAUGAAAGUUUUGACUAGUUGGGUUCCCAUCAAAGACGUCGAAAUGUUCAUGCGUGUGGCCAAGGCGGAAUGGAAGGUUCAUCGCCGCCGGAAACCCUCUUGA